AUGGGGAUGUGUUCAAGACAAGAGAGAAUACAAAAAGACGUCAACAUCGUAAUUCAAAGGAGCAAGGCAGAGAAAGACUGCCUUUUCUCUGAUUUCAGAUAUACUGACGCCACCUUCACCUUCACUUAUUCCAAAGGCUCCAGAAGGGUGUCCUUCUCUGUGCACGUCUCUGACGACUACCCAGACAACACAUACGUGUCAAACUCUGAGAACGAGGAUGAAGUUCUAGUUACCAGAGACCCGAUCCCUGUCAUCUUCCACAGAAUCGCAACAGAGAUUACGAUCAACAAUGACGCCAGCUGCUGCCUGUCCAUCAAGACCAAACUUCAGUUAGACAAAAACCAGGAGACCACUUGCCACUAUGCCAUAGAGGAGGACUCUGAGGGGGAUGCUGACUCUGAGGAGUUUUACUAUGGAGGUCAGGUGAACUACGAUGGAGAGCUCCACAAGCACCCCCAGCUGGAGGCGGACCUGGCGGCAGUCCGGGAGAUGUACGGACAUCACGCAGUAUCUCUCAGGGAAUACGGUGCGAUUGAUGAUGUGGACAUUGAUCUACACAUCGACGUCAGUUUCCUAGAUGAGGAAAUAGCCCUAGCGUGGGACGUGAUCCGCAGGGAGCCGGUGAUCGUGCGUCUCCACUGCUCUCUGACACAGUACCUGAAUGGACCAGUCCCCACGGUGGACGUGUUCCAGGUGUCGACUAAGGACCGGUUUGGACUGGGACAUCAGUUGAAGAAGAUAAUGCAGACAUUUGUCACCCAGCAGUGGAAACACCAAAGUGAAGAGAAGCUCAACUCCCUUCACAACAAAAACAAGAACAAGAAGAAGGUCAAAUCUCCCCUCCACAUCUUCUCAACCCUCCGCAGAUCUCCCAGCUACCCGCCUCCUGGCUGUGUCAAGAGCAAGAAGAAUCUGAAGCCGGAACAAGAUGGCGUCUCUAAAUCCCACCGUCUCCUCGGCCAGACCUGCUCCAGCACCGUCAAACAGCAGGUUGAGGCGGAGGUCCCUGGACCUAAGACCGCCCACCGUCUCCUCGGACAGUCCCUGUCUAGCACAGACCCCCGUAUGGACCACGGAGGAGGGACCUGCCCCGGACCCCUGCCCCUCAAACCACGCCGCAUCCUGGGCAGGCCCUGCUCGGCUUUGGUCAAACCAGAGGACCUCCGUCCCACUCCCCACAAGCUCCUGCCCCGCUUGUGCUCCGGCGACCCCCGCUGUGAGCACGCUGGUGGGGGAGGAGGUAGUCUUGGAGGAGGUUUGAAGCACCACAGGCUGCUCAGUAGGUCGUGCUCUGGUUCUAUCAGGACGGAGGAAUUAGAUGGACUGAAACACCACCACCACCUCCUCAGCAGGUCCUACUCCAGCAGUACCAAGAUGGGCAAAGCAGUGGACAUCUUCAAGGAUUCUGUUGCUCCGUCCGAGGGGAGGCGGCUCUCUCUUACCUCAGGGCUCAUCGGGAUCCUCGCCCCCUCGCUCGCCACGCCACCGCCGCCAAACAAUGGGGCCAAGUCCAUUCCGAUAAGAGACAGAGGCUUCCUUGUCCAGACCAUGGAGUAUGCUGAGCAGAGAACUCCGGUCCUGAAUGAGUUCUGUGUGGUGUGUGACGAACCACACGUGUUCCAGAACGGACCCAUGCUCCGACCCACGGUGUGUGAGCGGGAACUGUGUGUGUUUGCCUUUCAAACACUGGGGGUGAUGAACGAGGCAGCCGACGAGAUCGCCACAGGAGCUCAGGUGGUGGAUCUGUUGGUGUCCAUGUGUAGGUCUGCUCUAGAGUCUCCCAGGAAAGUGGUCAUCUUUGAGCCAUAUCCCUCCGUGGUGGAUCCGUGUGACUCUCAGGCACUGGCCUUCAACCCCAGGAAAAAGGACUAUGACCGAGUGAUGAGAGCCCUUGACAGCCUUACCUCUAUCAGAGAAAUGUCCCAGGCACCUUACCUUGAGGUCAAGAGGCAGAUGGACAAGCAUGAUCCUUUAGCUCACCCCUUACUGCAAUGGGUAAUAUCCAGUAACAGAUCACACAUCGUCAAACUUCCAGUUACCAGACAACUGAAGUUCAUGCAUAGCCCGCACCAGUUCCUUCUACUCAGCAGUCCUCCUGCCAAAGAGUCCAACUUCCGAGCUGCCAAAAACCUCUUUGGAAGUACCUUUGCUUUCCAUGGUUCUCACAUAGAGAAUUGGCACUCCAUUUUGAGGAACGGUUUGGUGGUUGCAUCCAACACAAGACUUCAGCUCCAUGGCGCCAUCUAUGGGAGUGGAAUCUAUCUCAGCCCAAUGUCAAGCAUAUCCUUUGGUUACUCAGGGAUGAACAAAAAGCAACAGAAGGUUGCUUCAAAGGACCAAACUGCGACAAACAAGACCAACUUACAUUUGCAGUCAACAAAGAAAGGACAGCAGCCCCAGUUUUUGCAAAGUCGGAACCUAAAGUGCAUAGCCUUAUGUGAAGUCAUCACGUCCCCUGACCUGCACAAACAUGGAGACAUCUGGGUCGUCCCAAACACCGACCACGUCUGUACACGCUUCUUCUUUGUCUAUGAAGAUGGCCAGGUGGGAGAUACAAGCAUCAACACACAAGACGCUAGCGUCCAUCGAGAGAUCCUACGAGUCAUCGGCAAUCAGACCGCCACGGGAUGAACCUCACGUGAAAAUGAAAAUGUCCUUCCUGUUAUUCUGCUGCCGCCACCUCCCGGUUCAAAGCUGCAUUAUUGAGCUGCGGAAAACCCGUCGUAACAAGUGUGUUUCCCGACCAAUGUAGAGAACACAUCAACAACUAGAGUGUUUUAAACCUUGGUGAAAUCAACAACACAUAUUUACAACUGAAACACAGCAGAACUCUUUAGGGAAGAACACAUUUUGCUAAGUUUAUAAAUACUAUGGAGAAUCCUGUUUUUCUGAAGACAUGGUACGUCUCUCAGUUUGACUGAUUGGGACGACUUCCUUUUUUUGUAGAGAACAUUUAAAACGGUAAAACUCUUUGGUGAAUAUUUUGAGACUUCUUGCUAGUAGAUGUGGGACCUUUUCAGCAAAAAUAACGAUAUGUUCCCCUUCCUGUCUAGAAAAAGGUCCCAUCUAUCUGACCUUAUUUACUAUAAAAGAGUUGUAUCUUUUUAAAAUACAAUGUACUUUAUGUAUACUGAAGGUGUUAAUAUGCACUUUAUUUUUCUUAAUGUCAUACAUUUGUUCUAACAACUGGGGUCAUAAUCUGAAAAACUAAAAAGCCUUUUUCCCCCCAAUUGAUUAUUUUAAAAUUAAACAAAAAAAUAGUUGUAUUUUUGACGGUGGUGUAAUAUGUUGGUUACCAUUCCAUGUCGACUGAGGGACACAGCAAUACAUUGAGUAGAAUAUACAUAAAGGCCAGGAUUCAAUCAGGACUGCAGGAGAUCCGCAUUGUAACUCGGUUGACUAUUAAAGCUGCACUAUGUACCUUUUUUGGGGGGCGAGCUGGGAAAUUCACAUAGAAAUGGGUGUACUAGAUCUGUCAUUCUCAUUGAAAGCCAGUCUAAGAGGCGGUAUAUCUGUUCUAUGUGUGCUAUUUCUAUGCUUCCCGUUCUUAACGGGAAGGUACGGUACGUUUUAGUAAGGUACGUUUUAGUGUCUUUUACUUUCGGUUUUGUACACCAGGUUCAAACAGCUGAAAAUACAAUAUUUUUGGUGAUGGAAAAUAUAUUUUACAAUAUAUUAUCUAAACUAUACUUGCUUGUUUUGUUACAUAAACGGAAAUUAAGCAAACUAUUAGAAAUUUGGCAACUAGGAAAUGGCAGAGCGAUUUCUGCAUAGUGCACCUUUAAAAGGAAUUUCCCAUUGAGCCGACAUCUGCAGUGUUUACUUAGAAGGCCAUCUCCUCGACCGUGGUAACAUUUGCCUUUAAAUGGUGCAUCGCCCAAAAGGGCCGAUUUGGAUUGAAGUGUGUAAGAGCUUUCGAUGAGACGUCAUCAAACAUGAGCGGAAAUGUAUGCUGUGUUAAUUUAGGAAGUAGAUCAGUUUCCUUCACAUAUCACACCAGGAAAUGUAUAUAUUGGUUUAUUCUCCUUUUAUAGGGGGUCUACUGGUUUACAAUAGCAAAGACUUUGACUCCAGUCAAGAAUAGAUACAUUUUAUAAAUUCAUAAGUUCCACACACUUACCACUCACAACCAGUUUAAAUAGAAAAUAACGCAUUAAAAAAGCUAUUCAGUAUUAACACAUGUCAGAUUGAUCUUUAUAUUUUGUUUAAAACAAUGUGUAGAUGUAGAUGUAUAAUCGGAGCCCCAAUUAAAGAACAUUUUAAAGCGGUUCCUUUUGUUAGGGGGGUAUGGGAUGUCUAUACAUACUAAGCAUUGCUGUUUGCUGCUUAUUUAUAUAUGUCUGUGCUUUUAAAGACCAAUCAGAUCUCAGCUGUGCUUUUAAAGACCAAUCAGCGCUCAGAUACUAUCCCUUGUGUUCACUGUCAAUUAUAUAUUUAUUAUGAAAUUAUGAUGGUUUAAAGUAGACAUUGAUAUUAGUCAUCACCAACCACUCUGAACAUUGAUAUCACUCUGUUAGGGCACCAACCACUCUGAACAUUAAUAUUAGUCAUAUAGGACACCAACCACUGAUCAUUGAUAUUAGUCAUAUAGGACACCAACCACUCUGAUCAUUGAUAUUAGUCAUAUAGGACACCAACCACUCUGAUCAAAAAUUACUGUAAAUCACAGGUCAUAUUUUUUUAAUGCAUUUUUUUUCAUCACUAAUGAUUUUACAGUUUAAAUAUAUUUGACGUACCCGCUAGGCUACCUGCUCUU